AUGUGCUCCCGGGGGUCCUGCCACGACUAUGAGUCCUCCUGCCACAGAUCCUACUCCUCCUGCCACAGCUCAGGGCCCUCCUGCCACAGCUCAGGACCCUCCUGCCACUACAGCAUCCAGAGGCAGCCUGUGCAGAAGUUCAGUUAUGUGACCCCCUGCUGCCCCCCCGUCCAGCCCUACUGCCCCCCUGUGCAGCGCUACUGCCCCCCCCUGCAGCCCUACUGCCCCCCCCUGCAGCCCUACUGCCCCCAGUACACCAAGAACAUCUGCAAGCUGCCACCCAAGUGCCCCAAGUAUUAG